AUGGAUAGGAAGAAAUCUAGCGCAGCUGCAAGAGCAUGGAACAUCCUCCGACUAGCCUUGCUAUGGGCAAGAAAAUGUGGAGUACUCAAAAUCAGGAGACUCGUGAUGGUACUCCGUCGCUUCCACAAAUUCUUCAAAACUCUAGCCCACUACUCCACCGAUUGCCGCCGCAGCGCCACCACCAUUCAUUACUGCGAACGCCAGCUUUCCUUCGACAACACCCCCAUUACUCACGUCAAGAUGCACCGCCCUUCCUCGAUGCGAUUCAAGAUGCCUCGCAUCCCAUGCAUAAAUCAUCCUCAAGUUGAUUUCGCUUACAAUUUCGAGUCCAAUGGUGACAAUGACUAUGAAAUGAAUUGUGAUUUUAUUGAUGAUGAUGAUGAUGAUGAUGAUGAUGAUGAUGAUAGAGCAAGGAAAAGUUUCUUGAAAGGUGGAAAUGAAGAUGAUUGCGAAGACAUUGUUGCUUGUGAUGAUGAAGGGAUUGAUCUCAAGGCAGAGCAAUUUAUAGCUAAAUUCUAUAAGCAAAUGAAAAUGCAGAGACAGGUCUCAUAUUUACAGUACAAUGAGAUGAUUGAUAGAGGCACAAAUUGA